UAUAUGGUAAAAAAACAGUGUACAAAAACUUAUCAACGGGAAUCAAAUAAUUGGAAUAAAGAUGAUGGAGUUUCACCAAUUUCUUCAAGGAUAUCAACAGCAUCACCAGAACCAACAACUGGUUCAUUUAUUCAUUCCACUUCUGACAUAAAAGUAGAAACACCAGGACCUAUUAGUCCUACGGAAGCAUGCGUUGCGCCAUCAUACUAUAAUGACAGUCAACCUUCAAAUUAUUCACACCAAGAGUAUAUCCUUCCACACAGGCCUAAUACACCAGUAGUAAUUAUACAACAACAACAACAACAACAAAAUGAAAUUGUGGUGCCUCCAACAGUUAUAGAAAACAAUAAUAGUUCACCUUCCCAUUCAUCAUCAUUAUUUCGAACACGUACGGCAGAAGAAACAGAAGCUGCACAUGAUCUACUCUCAUUAUCACAAUCAUUACCGCCAUUACAAGCACCUGGAGUUAUUACAAUAAUCCAUCAUCAUGUAGUGUCAAGGGCUCCAACGCCGCCGCCACCGCCAAUAAAAAGGGCACGAUCGCCAGCAACAGAUGAUGAAUAUAGUGAUCAAUAUCAUCACUCACAUCAUCAACGACCAAUAACCCCACCACCACAACCCACCGUAAUAACAACAACGCCUUAUCGACCACCAGUCAUAACAUACAGCCGAUCGACGUCAUCAUACCAAAAACAAAAUAUAGUGUCUUACAAUAAUAGUAAUAAUAAUAACGACCAUAAUAAUGUAACAAUAACACCAGUUCAACAAAUGAAUUCAACAACAACGCCACAGCAUGACGACAAUGAGCAUAAUAUCAUUUAUCGUUAUGUACCAGCAGCAACAAUGCACGAGGAAAUCAUCUAUCAUCAUACGCCACCCGAUUAUGAACAACAUCAAGAACAUAUUCGAUAUCGAAACACAACACCAUCGCCAGAUAUAACAUCAUAUCACCAUCAUCGAUACGACACCAAUUCAAAUGAAAUUGAGGUGUAUCGAUCACAAUCACCAAUCACAUCAACGCAAACAUAUAUCACACAACCAUUAACGUCGCCAAAUACACAACCAUUAGUUCCUUUAACACCACCAACCUCUGAAUGUUCAUCAGACACUGAGAAUAAUAAUCCAAAUUCACGUACAAUACAAUUACAAGACAUUGAAGAAGAACAUAUGAAUAAUGGUCAUCAUCACGGGGUGGGGGAACAUGAAACCUAUCAUUCGAAACACAUUGUAAAUAAUAAAGUGAUUUAUACAUAUGAUGCUCUACGUGUUGCUGAUGGUCGUUGUAAGAAUAAAAAAGAGAAAUUACCAAGUAAAAAAGGACAACAAACGAAUAAAAAAUAUCCGUCAAAAGAAAUCAUUGUUGAAGAACAAACAGCUCAAGAACAAACAAAAAAUUUAAAUCCAAAUCGUUAUGUGUGUUCAGAAUGUGGUAAACAAUAUGCCACAUCAUCAAAUCUAUCUAGACAUAAACAAACACAUCGAAGUUUAGAUUCACAAUCGGCGAAAAAAUGUAUGACUUGUGGUAAAGCGUACGUAAGUAUGCCUGCCCUAGCAAUGCAUGUACUUACACAUAAAUUAUCGCACAGUUGUGGUGUUUGUGGGAAAUUAUUUUCACGACCAUGGUUAUUACAAGGUCAUCUUCGUUCACAUACUGGUGAGAAACCAUAUGGAUGUGCACAUUGUGGUAAAGCUUUCGCUGAUCGAUCAAAUCUACGUGCACAUAUGCAAACACAUUCAUCCGAUAAAAAUUUUGAGUGUACACGAUGUCAUAAAUCGUUUGCGUUGAAAUCGUAUUUAAAUAAACAUUUAGAAUCGGCAUGUUUUAAAGAUGAUGAAAUUAUGGGUAGUAACAGCAAUACAGUGUCGUCUACCACAACUGAAGAUGAUGAAUAUAUUGAAGUAACUAAUAUUUCAGUGACGUCAAAUGGGUGA